GAGCAAACCUAUGGCGUGAGACACGGGGAGAAAAGAAGGGAGAGGACGUAGGUGGGUUGGAAAGCGUGGGCAAAGGGAAAGGUAUAAAGGAGAGGUGUCCCACCUGAAAGGGAACCAGUCGUGCUUCACCUGUACUCAUGGCGCCCUCUCUCUCGGGAACACAGAUGCCCCCCAAUAGCAGCAGCUGUAUGAUCAAUGACAGCAUUGUAAGUACUCCAGCUGCCACAGUGACGGGCACGCUCAUCCUCUCCGCCGUGUUUCUGUUGGGAUUCCCCGGAAACCUCUUCGUCAUCUGGAGCAUCCUGGCGCGGGCCCGAAAGCAAUCCGUCACGACCCUUCUCAUCCUCAACCUAGCCAUUGCGGACGGCUCCCUGAUGGCUCUGACCCCGUUCUUCAUCGCCUACCUGGCUAUGAUGGACUGGAAAAUGGGGACUGUGAUGUGCAAGGUUCUGUUCUACCUCUGCUUGGCCAACAUGUACGCCUCCAUCCAGCUGAUCAUGCUGAUGAGCAUUUACAGGUUGGUGUCGGUGGUGUGGCCCCAGCGCAUCAGCGUGAUCACCGGCAAGAGGACGAUCAUGCGAGUGCUGGGGGUCAUGUGGUUGCUCGUCAUGGUCGCCUCGAUUCCUGCGCUGAUCUAUCGAGAUGCGAGGCUUAAUAAAGAGAGGAAUAGAACGGUUUGUGAUUCAUUCCACGACAAAGACCCAGAUGUGGUUCUGCAGUACAUGCUGGAGAUUGUGUUGGGCUUCGUGGUACCUUACGGAGUCAUUUUAGUCAGUUACAUUUGCAUCCUGCGCCGGAUUCGGCAGACCAGAUUCCGCCGCCGGAUCCGCAGCGAAAAGCUCAUUCUGGCCAUCGUGGUGACCUUCUGCCUGUUUUGGUUACCCUACCACAUCAUCAACAUGGUGCAAGUUGCAUCGGCUUUGCUUCCAGAAUGUUCACCAAAAAGAUUGUUGUUGGAGAAAAUAUGGAAGAAAUUCCGCGCCGUUACCUCCACCAUCGCCUUCAUCAGCAGCUGUGCCAACCCGGUGCUCUACUUCUUCGCAGGAAAGUCUUACAUCAGACGGGAGGGUCUGGCGUUCAUGGCUCGCUUGUUUGAGGGCACGGGCUUGGACUCCACCAGGAAGAGCCAAAUGAACAGCCAGAACAGCCGGGACAAGGACAAAGACGCGGAAGUCGUGCUGCAAGACAAAGACUCGUCCACAAACUCAAACUCUAUCAUCAAAUCAGCAAAAACGGGAAAAUAGAAGUGAACAUCCUCUCUGUUGUGUAAAUCUUUCUUCCGUCCAAUCGUAAAAAAAAAAAAAAAGGUUUUACAAAGACUUGAGACUCGACACCACCAAGUAAGACUCAGCAGAUCGCCGAAGAGGUACUCUUGGAUACAUUUGCAGACAAAAGCCUGUUAAAAUGGUGAUGCUACAUGUAUAUAGAAAUAAUUGAAAACAGGCUUAACACCCAUAUGGAAUAUCAGACAAAAUGAGGAUCACAGCCAGGGAUGCUUAGACUUCUCAGAGGUCUAGUUCAAGUCCUCUAACUUUGUACAUUCUGAAUAGUAGUUAAGUUUCCACAUGCUUUUAAAUGGAUUACCUGCUAUUAAUUUGCUUGCUGAUGUCUUUUCCCUGGGACACUGUCUUUUAUUAUCUUUGCAUAAUAGCAUUUUUAAGGCGUCAUUGAACUACAUGUGAAUUUUUACAGCACAACAAAUAAUUCCACUUUUGUAUGAAACAAAAACUAUUGUGUGCUUUAUCAUAUCGAAACAUUGAAAGAGAGUACUGGUUUCACUUUAGAGUCCUUCUCGCGUUUGCACUAUAUUGCUGUUCCAGUCAUGAUUUUGCAUUUCUCUCUCCAGGACUAAAAUGUCUAGUUUCACAAUACAUGCCACUAGAUGUCACAGUUUUCCACCUGCUGAACCUUUCUUUCUUUCUUUCUUUUUUUUUUUUUUUUACAAAUAAUUGUUUUCUGGCAAUUUGAGAGAGCACAAAAGAGCAAUCAGUCUUGCAUGGCAAAAACUAAAACACAAGACUAAAUUGUCUUUUCGCCUACUACGUUCAAGAAUGGUAAGUUAUUUUUUUUCUUCAUAUACCACAUCCAAAGUAGAGUUUUAUAGAAGUUAAAUGUGUUUUUUACUUUCAAAAGCUUGUCAGAAGACGUGAUUUUGAAUUUAUGUCUGUAUGGCACAGAGGUAUACAUCUCGUAAGUGGACAAAGCAACAUUCUUACUAUUAUGCAUCCUCAUCAUUUUUUUUCAAUGACUUCUGCACUAUUUUACAGAAUAUACUACUCACAAAUAGAUAUGUUGAAUUUUGUACAGUUUUUUUCCCCCGUCAUCAUCAAAACUAAACGACACACAUAAAACACCAAACACAGAAUGUAUGAGUUGUCUGUAAUAAUGAGCAAUGUAUAUCUCAAAAUCCUCCAAAUUUGAACGUCAGAAAUCUAUUUUCAACAUCUCUGGCAAAUUUUUACUGUAAAUAUCUAAGUAAAGCAAAAGCUACUUUUAUUUCUAGUGAACCUUGAGAAAUUUAGAGAUAUUUUGGGAGCAGAUAUAUUGACCCCAAAUAGAUAAAAGAUUAAAUAACCAUUCAGACUUUAACCUUUUGUGUCGGUCAUAUGGCUUCUGUUCUCCAAAAAUGCUUAACACUAGACAUUGAAAAAUAAGACCACAGAAGUGAUCUGUCAUGGCUAAUGUGGCGUUAGCAGCACUUCCUGUGAAUCCACGUAUUGGCCGUCUGGAGAAACUGUGAUUUCUACCAUGGAUGCUCAGUCUAUUUUGCCGUAACUUCAUAACUCAUUGUACCGGUUCCUCGUUCCUGCUAACAAACUGCAAAAUCUUUUGGACGUCCAUCAAUUGCUUCCAUUCAAUAAUCUGUUGUUUUAUAACAUCGUCACUUGCGUAUAGAAUGUCAGACAAUAUAAACUACAUGUCUGAAUGAAGAGUCGUUCUCUAUAAAACGAGUAGUCCUUUUAUUUUUCUAGGCAUUGCAAACAAACGUGGCAUUAAUGAAUAUCUGUGAAUUUAAUUGAUUUCUUUAUCAUUUUUUUCUAGAAAAUGUCUUUCAAAUUGUCACAGCUUUCACUGUUUUUUAGCUAUGAACUACAGCUUUAGCCAAAGUGUGUUUGUUGUACAUAAGAUUGUACUUUGCUUUUGCACAAUUUUGUGAACAAAUUAAAAUAGAAAAAAAAAAUACAUGCAAUAAAAAUGUGAAGCA